AUGAAUAGUAGUGAUGAAAAUGAAAAUACCUCAAAUGUCGAUGAACAAGAUGAAGAAGAUAGAACUGAAAUUAGGUCUCAAUUGACAAAAUUGACAUUUGAAGAACUUCAAAAAUUAAAGGAAAGAAUUGGCGCUAAAGUUUAUAAGGAAGCUCUCUUUGGUAAGACUGAGAAACCUAAAGACAAUGCCUCGAAAGUUUUUAAAAGAGAAAAUAAGAACAGACCAAGGGAGAUGAGUUCUAAAAAGCCUGUACCUUUGCUUCAAAGUGUUCCUGUUGCAAAGAAAAAGGAAGUACGAGAUCCAAGGUUCGAUCCACUGUGUGGUAACUUUGACAAAAAGGAAUUCUCUGACAACUACAAUUUUCUUUCUGACCUCCGCAUGAAAGAUAUCAAAGCUAUACGGGCAGAAUUGAAAGAGACGACUGACCCUGAUAGACAAAUUAGGCUUCGAAGGCUACUUCAAAGGUUGAAUGACCAACAUAAAUCAACCAAAAAGAGUAAAAUUGAAAAGGAAAAGAUGGAAAAGAAAAGAGAAGAGAUUGAACAAGAGUUCAAAGAAGGAAGACAACCACACUUUAAAAAUAAAUCUGAAAUACGCGUAGAGGCACUUGUCAAACAAUAUGAAGAGCUGAAGAAGGAAGGCGCUGGAAGAAUCCAGCGUCAUCUCAAACGGAGACAACAAAAAAUCAAGAAACGUUCAUUUAAGGCACCCACUGGAGAGACAUGA